AGAAUGAUAAACGAUUCCAAGUCGCAGCAGUUUAUCUCAUGGACGGAGAUGGGCGCAAGUUUCGUCGUGUCCAAUGUCGGCGAAUUCAGCAGGAACAUUCUCGGGUCACAUUUUAAGCACAACAACUUCUCCAGCUUCGUUCGCCAGCUGAACAUGUACGGUUUCCACAAGAUCAACCGCACGCCCCGCGCACAACGGACCUCGUCAUCGUCGCAGACAUGGGAGUUUAGUCACCCCAAGUUUCUUCGGGAACGCCCAGACCUUCUGGACUCCAUCAAGCGGAAAGCACUUGAACCGGAUCCGCGAGAACGUGGGAGGUGA